CUUGGACCUUAGCUUUAUAAAGAACAGAAAAGUCAAUAACCAGUCUUGGGAGAUUGCCCCUAAAUAUCUCCUUUCCAUUCAUUCCAGCUCAGCUCCUCCUCAGACUAGACUCUUCCUUUGCUCUCCUUUCUAUUGACCCAGCACUGUCCCCAAGCUCAGCUGGCUUCCCGGCUUUUCUCACCCCCUCCCCCUUUAGCUCCGAUUUGUCACUAAGUUUUCUCUGUAUAGCUCUACUACCACAAGUGGAAGGGAGGUCAUCUGGGGACAGGGCUCUGGGGAUUGGGUGUCCUCCCAGCCCAGGCAGCCGUAACCUCAGCCCCUUACCUGUCUAUAAUUAGCUCAUGCAGGGCGGCUGGCCAGAGUAACCCCACAAGUUCCCUCUCCCUGGGGGCCAGAGGCAAAUCCCAGCACCCAGACCCAGCUAGUUCUGGGCGAUGAGUUCCCCAGGCACCGUGAUCUGCCCCCCAGAGGAGGGACAACUUUCUCCUCACUCCAAGAAGGACAACCCCAACCUUCCUUUACCAGCCCGACGAAGUCCCGACUGGCCCUCUUCUCCAGACGAGGACUCGGGUCUGCUCGCCUUCCCUCUGGAAGAACCGCGUCACCCGACCUCAGUCCCCGAGGAUCUUCCUUCACCCUCGUUGUCCCUGGAGGAGGAAGAGGAGAAGGAUGAAGGGGAACUGGAGAUGCUGGUGAGUGAUGAGCACCCAGCUCAGUUCUUCGCAGAAGCUCGAAGGCUUCGGGACUUGAGCCUGCUGCUAGAUGAAGAGAUAUUAGUGCAGGGUCGAAGGUACGCUGUGCAUCGGGUGGUCUUGGCUUCGGUCAGCAGUCUCUUUCGCUCCCGCCUGCUGGGGAAUGGGGGCCCACGGCCCCCCAUACAGCUCGAUAUAGCCCGCCAAGGCUGGGAGGCCGUGCUGACCUUCGCCUAUGAGGGGGUGGUAGGUCCUGCUGAGUUAGGGGAUGUAUUGGCUGCAGCGGAGGUAUUGGGGACCCCUCGGGUAGCAGCUGCUGCUGUAAGGAGACUGGAGGUGGACCAGAAUCAAGGAAACAAGGAGCAGGAAGGACCAGAGAAGGCUGAGGAGUUGAGAGAGAACCUGGCUGGCAUCAAGCAGCUCUAUCAUGAGGGUCUUGGCUGUGACCUGGAGCUGGAAGCAGAGGACUGCCACCUGAACGUUCACCGCGUGGCUCUGGUCUGUGGGAGCGAGUUCUUCGGGGCGAUGCUUUUGAGUGGGAUGCGGGAAUCCCAGGGCUCAGCUAUUGUUCUGCGUACAGUCACUGCCCCAGACCUACAGCUCCUUGUCUCCUUUGCCUACUCAGGGGCACUGCAAACAAACUGGACAGGGCUCCUGAGGGCUACCCAGACUGCCCUGCAGUACCAGAGUGGCUCCUGCUUGGCCCUGUGCCAGAGAGCCUUGGCUCGAGGCCUCAGCCCUCUCCGAUGCUUAGCUUUGCUUCCUGUGGCUGAAGUCCCAGGCCUGGAGAGACUUUGGGACAAAGCCCAUUACUACCUCCUCAGCCAUCUGCCUGCCGUGGCCUCCUGCCCUACCUUCCCAGACCUGCCUGCUCCCUGCCUAGUCAACCUCCUGGCCAGUGAUGAGCUGCAUAUACAGCAAGAGUUCGAGGCCUUUGAGGCUGUAUGGCGAUGGUUGGCGGCAGAUCCCACUGGCAGAGAGCCGGAGGCCAAGUCUCUGCUUCGCUGUGUCCGUUUUGGUCGCAUGUCCACCCGGGAGCUACGGCGAGUGAGAGCUGCUGGACUGCCCCUGCCUCUGCCCUCAUCCUUGCUGCAUCAAAUUCUGGUGGAGGCAGAGGUGCCGGGCCGAGAAAGGAGGCGGGAGCCUGACCGGGCGCUGGUGGUGAUCGGCGGUGACGGGCUCACUCCCGACUUAGCCCAGAGUCAGCCAUCCCGAGGGGUGUGGUGGGCACGGGCCUUCUGCAGUGGUGUGGGGCUGGUACACACAGUGGAAUGGGGUAAGCUGCCUGCCUUGCCCCCUCCCGGGCGCUUCCGGCAUGGUGCUGCCAGUCUCACUGGGAAUGAACUCUACGUGUGUGGAGGGCAGCAUUACUACAGCCACUCAGACACCUUGGCCUCAGUACUCAGGUGGGCACCUGGCCAAGGUAAGUGGGAAGAGUUGGCUCCAAUGGGUCAGGCUCGAUGCUUCUUCCCACUGGUGGCUCAUGAUGGAAAUCUUUAUGCCUUGGGUGGGAGAGAUAAAGGGGCUGCCUUGGAUUCGGUGGAGGCCUAUGAUCCCAAGCUUGAUGCCUGGAGGACAUCACCACCUCUCCCCACACCUUGCUUUGCACAUGCUGCCUCUGUGUUGGAUGGUCAGGUCUAUGUGAGUGGAGGCUGCAAUGAGACUGGUCAAUACCUGGCCUCUCUUUUUAACUACAACCCUACUCGUAAGCCAUCAUGGACUUUGUUGAGUCCCAUGAAGACCCCUCGGGCAGGUCAUAUCAUGGUGGCACUGGGUGGACGACUCUACGUGGCAGGAGGUCUGGGUGAGGGUGGGGACCUGCUUAGUUUUGAGACGUAUGAACCAAGGACUGAUACAUGGAUGGGCCUGGAACCUUUGCCCUCCCCUCAUGUGGGAGCUGCUGGAGUCUCUCUUCAAGGGGAGAUACUAGUUUUGGGGGGCUAUAGCCAUCAAACAUAUGCUCUUUCCCACCUAAUCCAUGCAUACUGCCCUGGUCUAGGCCGCUGGCUUUGCCUGGGAACCUUGCCCCGACCUCGAGCUGAGAUGUCUGCCUGUGUCCUUCGUCUAUCGCCUGUGUAGCUGCAACCCCAGGAGCUGACUUAGCUCAGACUUAAAUCUCUAGUGGGGCAGAGAAAGGAGUAGAACAGCAGGAGGAAAAGAUGGACAAUCAGUAUGUAGAGAGUGAGGAUGUGGGGGAAGAGAAGAAAAACAUUUGAGGGAAGAAAACUAAUAGGUCAGAUGAUGAGGGAAAAAACUUUAUUUAUAGUAGGGGUUCUUAAUGUUUUUUUGUGUGUCUUGAAUCCCUUUGGCAGUCUGAUGACACCUAUGGACCCCUUCUCAGAAUAAUAUUUCCAAUUACUGUGUACAAUAUAAAACACAUAGGAAUAGAAGGGACACCAAUUAUAUUGAAAUACAAUUAUCAAAAUAUUUUUUAAAAUGGAGUUCUGGAACCCCUGAGGAAAGAUGGUAAAGAACACUUAAGUGAAGGGGAAGGGAACUUUGAAUAACUCCAUCAAGGCUUAUGGACCUACAUAUGGCACAGGCCAUGGCAUCUUAUCUUCCUAGGAUUAAGAACUAGAAGGGAAUUUAGAGGCCCUCAUUUUAUAGAUAAAGGAACCAACAUCCAAAUUUUAAGGGAGUUGUAUGGGUUUGUGUAAGCAAUAAAUGUAGCCUGGGGAAGGAUUAGAGAGAAUUGGGAAGAAAUUUUGAUGAAAGUUGGAAAGAGGCUACAAAGAAGCUUUCUCUUCUUCUUUCUCCUUCACCUUGUUAGAUAAUUCCCUUUUUCCACUGUCCAUGCCUCAAGCUGUCUCUACCCUCCUGACCAGACUAGGUCACUCCUUACAUUGAACUUUAGACUCAGUGUAGUGUUCCCAUAUCUCAAUCAUUAAUUCUCACUCUUGGGCACUUCUAGGCUCCAACAAGGUUGAGGUUUCAAGCAGAACAGCUCUUGACCAGGAGCGUUAAGAUGCAAAGUCAUAGUGGGCAGUGGAUAGAGUGCUGGAUUUGGAGUCAGGACAUCCUGAUACUUACUAGCUGUGGAAAUUUGAGUAAAUCGUUUAACAUUUCUGAUCAUCAGUUUUCUCAUUUAUAAAAUUAGAAGAUCUCUAAAAUGCCUUCUGACUUUACUUUUAUGAUUUAAUGAAAUGUCAAAAAUCCAAAAAUGAACUUCAAGAUAGUUACUGAUAGAAGUAAAUGUAUGUGUAUUGGGAGGAGGGGGAGCGGGAGCGGGGGCAGAACAGGGAGAUCAUGUUCAGGGAGGGGGAAAGUAAGGCAAAGAUGAAAUUAGAAGAAUCUACUGUGAAAGCUGUGGUUUAGAGGAUGGAAGAUGAGCUAAAUAAUCUAACCUGGCAUCAUGCCCAGACCCUGGGAUAGAUGGUGAGGUCAGGUGAAAGAAACAUUUUUUACCUAAGAUCCCCUGGCUGGAUUUGUAACAGGUGGAUAGAAGGAUCAUUUGGAGAUCAUGAGAGCUGCAUGGGAGUCCCCUAGCCCCUUUAGUCCUGUCCCCCGAGAUUUUCCUGACAUUUAUUUUCUGAGAGGAGAAAGAGAAUGGGGCCAAGAUACUCAUCUAGUUAGUCAAAGGCAAAUAGUUAUUUCAAAGGUGCUCCAGAGAUAUGCUUUCAUUUUCUUUUUUUUUAUUCUGCACAUAAGAAAUAAAACAAACAUUUCCAUAAUAGAGUAGAAUUUAAAAAAGAGGAUUGUACAUGAAACUGCAACCCUAUUAUGUACAACAUGUUUUUCCUUUUAAAUAAGUAAUAAAGUCACCAUGUAACUUUCAAA